UAAUCUAUAUAUAUUUGUUAUUAUUAUUAAUCAAUAAUAAAUUAGUAAAAAAUAACUAAAACAUGUCCAAUUCGCUUGUUCGUAAGAGUCUUGAACUCUUCGAAUACGAUGAUUUGAAAAAAGAAAAAAAGAAGAAGAAACAUAAUAGUUAUAAAGGAACUUUAGAAUUAAUUCCUGCUAAGCAUAGAAUUAUUUCUUUUAAGGAAAAGACAAAUAUCAAUAAUAUUUUGGGUCGAUCCAAUAAAGUUACUGUAUAUGAAGCUAAAAAACGAUUGGAGUCAAAGAAGGAUUUAAUGGAAGAAAAUAUACAGAAUCUUUUAUUAUUGAGUAGUAAUUGUUUGGAUCAACAUACAGUUGACAAGGUUUUAAAACGAGCUGUUAAGAAACAAUAUAUACCAAAAAAGAAAAAGAAGCCAAAACAAGAAAGUACUGCAUUUUCGGAGGAAGAUUUUAAGAAAUUUGAACAAGAAUAUGUAGACGAAUAAGGUAGAAUAAUAUCUUUUGUAUAUUAAUAUGUAAAGAAAAAUUAAUAAUUGUUCACGUUAUUUGUUGUAAAUAAUUUACAACAAAGGAAAGAAAGCUGAAAUUAUAAUAAAUUUAAGAUUAUCUAUACGUCAUUUCUAUUUUAUAUUGUGGAACGAUAAAUUUCCAUUUUAGAAAGUGUAAAAGAUUAAAUAACAUUUUUUUUCAUUUAGGUUAUCGUGAAUUUGUAGUUUCACGACAUAAUAAUAUUUAUUUAGAUGAAAAUUGUGAUAGAUAUUACAGUUUCUCUUAUUAUCUAUUGAAAAUAAUCUUAAUUCAUCGUUCGAGUUGUCAGUAAUAUUUCUUUAUUUAUCAUAUGAAUUGUUGAUAAUAUGUUUAAAUUAUCUUAUGAAUUAUAGAUAAUAUAUUUGAAUUAUCUUACGAGUUGUCGAUAAUUUAUUUGAACUGACUUUAAUUUGUUUUAAAAUUUCCAUAAGUUUUCUCUAUCAUUAUUCGAAAGUUUUGGAAUACAUAAACAUUCUUAUUUAUUUAAAAUUGAGAUACGAGCCCUUUGUAAUUAAAAAUGAAGCAGUAUUCAUCUGGCGCAAAAGAUAUUAGAAAAAUUAGUAGUUUAUAUAUAUUCUAGAACUAUGAGAUGUAUAGGUUAUCUAAGCUCAUGUUCCAGAAGAUUUUUUUGGGAAUAAAUGUUGGGAUAGAUUUAAGACUCAAAGAAUCACUGAUUGCUAGUGUAUUGAUAUUAAAUGUGUGAUAAAUUUUUUUUAAACUAAACUUAAAAAAGAAUGUAGAAAAACAACACUAUGAGAAAUAAAACGGACGUCAUUUAAGAGAAAUAUUAAGGAAGAAUGUUGUGUAAAAUUGACAUAUUGGCAAACAGUUUAUAACUUUGUGAUUUAAGCGAGUAUUUAAUUUACGCAUUAAUAUAUAAUAUCAUAAUAAAAAAAUAGCCCAAGAAUUCCCAAAAUCUUAGAGAAAUAUGAAAUUUUUACCACUUAUGUAAAUAUUUGAAAUAAAGUAUUUAUAAAACA